UGCGAGAGGGGCGGCCUCCGAGCGGCUUACGCGCUUCGCCGUAGGUAAAACCGUCUUGGUGCCAUUCCUGUCCCAGUACGGAGAGCAAUCCGGCAGCAGUGAAGGAAGCGCCUUCGGUCAUGGACUACCGGCGGCUGCUGAUGAGCCAGGUGGUCCCGGGGCAGUUCGACGACGCGGAAUCCUCUGACAGUGAGACUGUUGAGUUGAAGACAAUCAAAGUGGAAGAUGACAUUCUGUUUAGAAACCUCCAAAAUCAUGUGAUGAAGAAGGAUGAUGGUGAGAUAGAAGAUGAGGAGGAGGAGGAGGAGGACUACUAUGAUGAUAGUGACUGGGACUGGGAUGAUGGAAAACUCACUAAAGGUUAUUCCUGGAAUGGAGGGAGUAACCCACAGGCUAAUCGACAGGCUUCCAACUGUAGUUCAGCCAGAAUGUCUACUCCAGCUGAUAAGGUCUUAAGGAAAUUUGAAAAUAAAAUUAAUCUAGAUAAGCUAAGUGUUACUGAUUCUGUCAUAAACAAAGUCACCGAAAAAUCUAGACAAAAAGAAGCAGAUAUGUAUCGGAUUAAGGAUAAAGCUGAUCGAGCAACUGUAGAGCAGGUUUUGGACCCCAGAACAAGAAUGAUUUUAUUCAAGAUGUUGACCCGAGGAAUCAUAACAGAGAUAAAUGGAUGUAUUAGCACAGGAAAAGAAGCUAAUGUAUACCAUGCUAGCACAGCAGAUGGCGAGAGCAGAGCAAUCAAAAUUUAUAAAACUUCAAUUCUGGUGUUUAAAGAUCGGGAUAAGUAUGUUAGUGGGGAAUUCAGAUUUCGUCAUGGCUAUUGUAAAGGAAACCCUCGAAAAAUGGUGAAAACUUGGGCUGAAAAGGAAAUGAGGAACUUAAUCAGGCUGAACACAGCGGAGAUACCAUGUCCAAAGCCAAUAAUGCUAAGAAGUCAUGUUCUUGUCAUGGGCUUCAUUGGUAAAGGUGACAUGCCUGCACCACUAUUAAAAAACAUCCAGUUAUCUGAAUCCAAGGCCCGGGAGUUGUAUCUUCAGGUCAUUGAGUACAUGAGAAGGAUGUAUCAGAAUGCAAGGCUUGUCCAUGCGGACCUUAGUGAAUUUAACAUGCUGUAUCAUGGCGGAGAUGUUUAUAUCAUUGAUGUUUCUCAGUCUGUGGAGCAUGACCACCCACAUGCCUUAGAGUUUCUGAGAAAAGACUGCACCAAUGUCAAUGAUUUCUUUCUGAAGCACGCUGUGGCUGUCAUGACUGUGCGGGAGCUCUUUGAGUUUGUCACAGAUCCUUCCAUUACAGCUGAGAACAUAGAUGCUUACCUUGCCAAGGCCAUGGAAAUAGCAUCUCAAAGGACCAAAGAAGAAAGGUCUAACCAGGACCGUGUGGAUGAAGAGGUGUUCAAGCAAGCAUAUAUUCCUAGGACCUUGAAUGAAGUAAACAAUUAUGAGAGGGACAUGGACAUAAUGAUGAAACUAAAAGAAGAGGACAUGGCCAUGAAUGCUCAACAAGACAAUAUUUUAUACCAAACUGUCACUGGAUUAAAGAAAGAUUUGUCAGGAGUUCAGAAGGUCCCUGCACUCUUAGAAAGUCAAGUUAAGGAAACGACUUGUUGCAAUUCAGAAGAUGCUGGCGACUCGGAGUGCUCUGACACAGACUCUGAGGAGCAGGGGGACCAUACUCACUGCAAAAAACACACCACUGACCCUGACAUUGAUAAAAAGGAAAGAAAAAAGAUGGUCAAGGAAGCCCAGAGAGAGAAAAGAAAAAAUAAGAUCCCUAAACAUGUGAAAAAAAGAAAAGAAAAGGUAUCCAGAACAAAAAAAGGCAAAUAAAAAGAGGGCUCCAUCUGUUCCAUCCUCUACCAGCUACCUUUCCUACCUGAACUUGUAGCUAGAGCUGGAAGGUAGCAUUGACUUUAAGAAACUGUUGUCAGGAAGCAUCUUUGAAGAGUGAUUCAGGUGUCCAGCUCUAGUCACUGGAGUGGUAAUGACAGAAGAUUUAUUUUAGCUAUUAUUUUAAUGAAGAACUUUUUGCAUUUUUUUGUAUUUUUCUCCUGCAAAUGACAUUUUUAGAAUCAUGGUAAAUAUUUAAAUUUGAUGAGCAUCAGUAACUUUAUAUAAACGUAAAGACAAUUUGGACAAACCUGGGGAUUUCAUUUUGCGUUUUUUGUACUUGCCAAAGUCAUGUCUGAGAUGCUAUGAUUAUAAAGCAAAUCACUGGGUAUAAUCAGUUACCUCGGCUCUGUUCUUGUGCAUCUGUGGUCAUUUGUCAUCUUUAGCAUUCUUGGAACUGUGGCUUCUCAGUUCACCUCUUUCACAGUCAGCAAUUUGUCAUGUUCAUCCAUUAAUUAAAAUGUUUGAGUAUAUUAAGUGCUAGAGAUAAAUCAGUGAACAGAACACAAAAUUGCUCAAUUUUAAUAGCCCCCCCCCCCCCCCCCCAGUCCUGGGGCUUGAAUUCAGGGCCUGGGCACUGUCCUUGAGCUCUUUUUGCUCAAGGCUA